CCCUUUCUGCUGUGAUAUUUUUAUAUUCACAGAGAAAAAAACAAUGGGUCACAAAGCAUCCUGCGAGAAAGCGAACGUGGUUGUUAGCCUGCGAGAAGGCCUGUGCAGGCCGGACACCUUGAGGGUGUCUUACAGGAGCGGCGGCUCCCUCAGGAGGCAGCGGGAGAUUGCCUCCUUUACCUUCCCCGGGACCGGCUGGUGGUGCGCCGAGGGGAUAGCGGCGUGUGAGGCCGAGGGCGGCCUGAGCAUGCCUUUGGCCACACUCAAGCAAAAGGACGGCAACAGGACCGUCCACCUGCGCUGCGACUCCAGCAGGGGGACCCUGAUAAAGGGAUCGAUGACUUUGGGCAGAUUCCUUGAUAACCUCAACUUCCUGCACUUUUCGUUGUACUGUGACGCCGGAGACUCAAGCGCCGCCUACACGAGCAUGCGGUGCAACGGGCAGCGCUGCGUUGAGGCCGCGCGGCCCCCAAUGAAUCACCAGCCAAAUAGCGUGAAAGAAGCCAGUGACCCCACCAAAGCCUCAACCACCCAGGCAGGUGAUGGCAGCGCCAUCACCAAGGCCUCAUCAACCCAGGCAGGUGAUGGCAGCGCCAUCACCAAAGCCUCAACUGCCCAGGCAGGUGAUGGCAGCGCCAUCACCAAAGCCUCAACUACCCAGGCAGGUGAUGGCAGCGCCAUCACCAAGGCCUCAUCAACCCAGGCAGGUGAUGGCAGCGCCAUCACCAAGGCCUCAUCAACCCAGGCAGGUGAUGGCAGCGCCAUCACCAAGGCCUCAUCAACCCAGGCAGGUGAUGGCAGCGCCAUCACCAAGGCCUCAUCAACCCAGGCAGGUGAUGGCAGCGCCAUCACCAAGGCCUCAUCAACCCAGGCAGGUGAUGGCAGCGCCAUCACCAAGGCCUCAUCAAUACAGGCAGGUGAUGGCAGCGCCAUCACCAAGGCCUCAUCAAUACAGGCAGGUGAUGGCAGCGCCAUCACCAAGGCCUCAUCAACCCAGGCAGGUGAUGUCACCGCCAUCACCAAGGCCUCAUCAACCCAGGCAGGUGAUGUCACCGCCAUCACCAAGGCCUCAUCAACCCAGGCAGGUGAUGUCACCGCCAUCACCAAAGCCUCAACCACCCAGGCAGGUGAUGGCAGCGCCCCAACCCCUUCCUCAGGUGACAAGGUCGAUGAUGUGGAGGAAGACAGUGUGGUGAUGACCCCGGCCUCGAAAUGUGAGGUCAAUUCUGUGAGCAAACCCAGCGGCACGGCCCCGGACUACACCAACCAGACUCGACGCCGCCGGAAGGCCAAGAAGCCCAAACGACCUGCCGUGGAUAGGGACGCCGUGAUUCCCAAGAGACGCAGCGCGCCGCAAACAUGGGCGGACGCAUUUGUGGACGGCACGGCGAUCUGUGCCAUCAUCGUGUCCGGCGUCCUGGCGUACUGGACGUACUGGUGAGGCGUCGCCACGUCCCCUGGAGGCCUUGAUGGACACGGGCCAUUGUCUCAUCUUUUUCUCUAUCUCUAUCUCCCUUACUACUCUUGUGUGCAUCCUUUUUCUUGUCGCAAUUUUGUCUCUCUCUCGAGAAAAGGCAUCAGACGUGUGUGUACAAGUGUGUGUGUGUGUGUGUGUGUGUGUGUGUUUACGUGAUAGCCAAUAUUGCCGGUAGGCCUUCUUCAGGGGUCUGGUGGUCGGCCCAAGCCCGUCAUGGCGCAGGCAAGUGUUUAUAGUGGCGCCAUUAAUUCUUGGCUCAUGCUGCCCCCCGGGGCUCAUUCUUGAAUGACUUGGACAUUUCUUUUUGAGUCCGGGUUGAUGGGUGGCCUUCAGGACAGCAUGUGAGUAGUCUUGGGCCACUCGGCGGUGACUGAAAAAUCCCAGGUGGUAGAGGCGGAUUCGAACCCGCGUCGUCCAGAACGCGGUGAAUGCGGGGACCACACGCAAACCCCUCAGCCACCGUUUUGACAGUUGACCAGCUAUAAUUCUCACCAGUAGUGCGUAUCGGGGGAGGGAGGGAAGAAAUGAAGAGAAAAUGUAGGAAGAGGAGGAGAAGGAAGUGAAAGAGAACGAGAAAUUGGAAGACAAAGAGAACGAUGAAGAGGAAGAGAAUGAAAACGAGGAGGAGAACGAAAACGAGGAGGAGGAG